AUGGACCAACCAUCCAGCCCCAGAUCGCCGAGAGAACGCGCUGCCUCUUCAGAACCCUGUUCAACACGACCGAACCCCUUUGACGACGACGAACACUCGGCCCGUAAGCGCCGUCGUACCUCGUUGAGCGGCGGUGCCUCGCCUUGCCGGUCCAGCGGCCCGGGAACCGAGGGCUCACCGGGCGCCUUGGAAACACCCAAAGAAGCCACCCGGCCGCCGCCGGACGACGUCGAGAUGAGGCUAGAUACCGACCCAAGCGGCCCCCGCACCCCGGAGCAGAAUACGACCGAUACAGGUGCUUCGGCAGAACCGGUUUCCAGUCGUGUGACUAUCAAUCUGCGGAAUACGCAACAACCGUCAAACGCAAUACAAUCCUCGCCCUUGUCUUCCAGGAGUCAAGCUGGCACGGCCCAGAAUGAUGGUUCCGAUGACGUGAAGCUCAGCGUGGAAUCAUCUGUGAUGGAUGAUCUUCAGUUAGAAAUUCCUACAUCUACACCCACGUCCUCAGCCAUGGGAGGCAGUCCGCCGGUGGAGGUGAUUCAUCAACCAGAGGACGAAGGGAGCCUGAUCAUGGACGAGCCGCAAAUCUUGCUUGUGCAGGAGAGCCAAGUUGGUGACAUGCCGGCUCCCGAAGAGCCGCCAUCCUUCCCCUACCGAAACGAAGAUGAACACCAGCAAGAGAGCCUCCAGCGAGCCAGUACUCAUAUAUUGACACAUGAAAAGAUGACAACAGCUAUCGAUCGAUACGUGGGAGAACUGCAUGAUUUCACUAGAGCUGCGAAUUACCCUGCGCUGAUCGACGCCUAUCAGAGAAAUAUGUAUCUCUGGCAAGGCCUCCCUGACAUAAUUUCGUGUGCACAUUACCGAAGAAAUACUACCAGGGAUCGUGACAUCAGAGCGGCCCUACCCAGCAUUUAUUCAGAAUUUGCUGCUCUUACGGCUUCGUUCGUGAUACUCGAUUUGUCAACACUGCACCGCGUUGAUGCCACGACAGAUCUCAGGGAGCUGGAUUUGAUUUCACCAUUUUAUCUACCAGUAUUAAUCCAGCUUUGUGUACGCGACGAGAGCUCGGUGCAAGGGCAAUAUGGUGUGCAGUACGAUGCAGCCGCGGUGGCCAACUGCUUCGCUGGCUGUCUGGCAAGACACGCGGAAGCAGGCGUGUACAGCGUGCUUCUCAAGCUUGCUCGUGCUCAAGUUGACCUACUCGGCAGUUUACCGAGGCUUAGCGAUAACCUUGACUCCAUAUGUCAGCUUUAUUUCCUGAUGGCGACUCUGGACGCCCAGAACUCGACGGAGAGAAUCCGGCAGCGGUCGCAUCUCGCUUUCGAGCUGUAUAGCAUUGUGGCAGCUGCUCUGUCGACGCUGACGGAGAAAGGCAUUACGAAUCUUUCUCACGAGCAUACGGGUUGCUUGAUAAGACAUCUGGGAGAUGUCAUGAAGCUUGCGCUCUUGAAUCCUGAGCACCCAGGAGCGCUCAAGCUCGUCGAAGAUUUCCGCAGGACAUAUCCCCUUAUACAUCAGAGUCUAGUCCCUGAAGUAAUCUCUUCCAGGUAUCGUUUCACUCUCUUCAGCAGACUAAUCAUGUCCAGUCAAAUGCAACUCCGUGUCAUGGCAGUCACGUCUAUGUGUAACGACAUGGUGGCGUGCUGGAAGCGAUUCAGCGAGCCAGCAAACGACUCGAGGAAUCUUGCUGUGCAGCAUUUCUUCGCCGACUAUCUGCUGCAAUCAGAGCUUAUAUCCUACAUUCUCGGUCCAACAUGCCAUCCCGAGAUUACAGCUGAGAGCGGCAACAUCAUUGGCUUCCUGCUAGUCACUAAUACAUACACAGAGAAGCACACUGAUCUCCUUUGGCAGACGGCAACGACAACUCAGGACCCCCGAAUUUCGGACGCACUCCUACGCAUGUUUUGUCGCAUUGUGCAGCUCCUUCACUACGAUGGCCUGCUAUACUUCUGUCAGAAGUUCAAUACGCUUCCCAUCGAGGCGUUCACCCCGACUGUCCGGGAAUUGGUUGAUCAUGUCUUGCGUCAUGCUUCACAGAAGACACCACACGAGCGGCUCGAGACAGCCCCUUAUCGGCUCUGCGUGAGGUUGAUGCGAGAGUCGUCGAUUCUGGGUGCCAAACUGACUGUAACCUGCCAUGAUAUCCGUGACUUUGCGACCGCGAAGUUCAAAGAAUUGUUGGCAUAUGGCCCGGAUGCCGAGGGGAGGGCGGCGCUCUACGAAGAAUGCAUUCAAGACAUCGCAUCCAAGUCACCUACAACAGUGGGGAGUCUCUCAGCGAUAUGGAACUUGAUGCAUCCAAGCCGAGUUAGAGAACUGCCCAUGCUCAUCUCUAAGUAUUCGUUUGCACAACUACUGGUUGACGAGCUGGAGCAUGCUGUCUCGCUCGGACGGAAGAGCGGAUACCCUGCUGUUAUUGAUGGCCAACAAAAUGCUCCACGGCGAGAGAUGUUGAACCUGCUCCUGCAGAGUCAGCCAAAUGCGCUGACCUCAACCAGACUAGGCAAUCGGCUCUGGGGUUUGAUGGUUGGUAAAGACGCAGCCUGCCCUGAGGAUCGCACUGCUUCCUGGCGGAUUCUUAAUAAUUGCAAGAGCACACGUCCGGACAAUGAGUUCGUGGCAGUAUGCUGGACAGAGUAUCUCCCUUCGCUACCAUCCGAGUACCUGUGCAGCGGCACUCUGGACCUGAUACGUCUCUGUGUUUUACCUGCCGUCAACAACCCCGCGUGCGACCUGCUGGAUGACCAGGACAGUCCCGAUUGGGCUGCAAUCGAGCAGAUUUGGCGGAUUAUAAUGACGACAAGUGACCCUGGUCUGGAGCAGCUGGCAAUCCAGACACUUGUGAGCGAUAUAUAUCUCAACAGCGAAUCCAUUCGGGGGUUUUCGAUUUACCGAGCCCGGAAAGUCCACUUGGCUUUUGUUGACAGGUGUCUCAAGCAACUUCUUGCAGCGGCCGAACGCCUGAAGACGUUCAGCGGUGAUACAUCAAGCGGAGACGACGAAAAUAUGGUGGUAGUCGCAAGUGAAUCUCAGAUGCAGGAGCAGUCUUCGCGCUUCAUAAGAUCGCUCAAGGUGUUGAAGAACUUUCACCAUCUCCACAGUGAGGUAGCGUAUUUUGCGACGCCCGACCUGCCGUCGUUGCCACUUGCUCUGCCUGAUGAAGUUGAGGGUGAUCCGGCUGGUCUCAAAUUUCAAGGAUUCGAUGGCGAGACAAAUACCGAAGUCAAGACCCUGCACAUUGGCAGACGCAACACAGCUUCUUCGCUCUUAGCGAGCCUGCAAGAAGCGACAGGCUUUGAGAACUAUCGUAUCUUCUACCGCGGCAAGCCUUUUGUGCCGCGUGAAGCUGAUAUCUGCAAGUCUUUGGAAGAUUUGCAAAUCCAUGACGGAUUUCUUCUUGUCAAGCGGGAGUCGGUCGUGAAGGCCCCUGCAAAGGUUCGCCCAGGAGCUUCACCGGUAGAGGUCGAGAUCCUCUCACAUUUCGACAAGCUCUGGGACUGUCUCGCGAUGGAAGAGCCUCUGGCUAACGAGAUAUACUCUUUCCUCAUCAAGCUUCCACUCGACGAGCAAAUGCUCAUUUCUACCUUGGACCCGUCCACUAGCCCCACUGUCAUUUUCCCACCUGGCCAGACCUUCAAGUCUCUGUAUGCUGUGUCUGUCUUGAACAAACUCGUUUAUUUCAACCAGCGGGCAACCAAUUUUCCUACGGGAAUAUGGUCUGAAGCCUCGAAGCGGUCUCUCAGUGAAAUAACAGGAAGAAUAUUCUUUCUCGCAGCUGCAGCUCUUCGUAGUGACGAUGUCGUUGAGGGCUGUCCCACCCAAGCGACUCGUUCGCAGAUGAUCAAGACAAUCACAAUGAUAAUCACGACAGUCCUGGAAAAAUUCGUUCUAACUAGGAACUCCAAGGCGGACGAGGAAUUGGUAAAAUCGGGCGCCAAGGUCGUCGAAUAUCUGGAUGGCGAGCUUCUUGACCGGCUUGUGUCGCUAUUGCUUUUAACAACCGACUCAACUAUGGCCGAUGACGCGUCCGAGCUGGCUCUCAAGAUAUUCCAUGCAGUUCUCGCGUGUGCUGUAUGCAAACGUUGUUGCUGGGAUGAAUUUGUGGGAUCGGCUGAGAUCUCAGAACAGAUCAAGAGGCUCCUACUUCAAGAAGCGAAUCCAGUUGUGCGCUCCCGGGUGCAGAACGGCAUCAUGGCCCUGUUCAAGGAAAGAAACAGUCUUCCUGCAGUCUCACCAGCAGAGGUGGAGCGCUUCUUUUGGGACUUGAUUUGCCAGCUUGUCACUACCUCCCAAGAUUAUCGUGACAAGUCUCGUGAGACAUUUGAGCUUUGGAAGGAUCUAUUUCAGAUGAUGAAGGAAUCGAACUCAGCCACCCUCGAUGUGCAAGAAACCUUGGAUAUCACUACAGACAUGUUGAUAUCCUAUGAGACCUGGGAGGACGUUACGCAGCCGGACUACAUAGAUGUGGUUCCCCAGGUCCUCGCUCAUAUGAUGAUAAUGAUGCUGAACCCUAAGGAUGCUCUCAUCGAUACCACUCUGACGAUUAUGCCUGUAGCAUCCAGCAGAGCUCGGCUGGACACAUUGCUGGCGGACCUCAAGAGUUUAGUACCCUGCGAUCCAGGCAACGACGAAGACCCCUAUCACUACGACAUACCAUUUAAUUUUGACCGUAACAGGGCGAUCCGAUCGUCAUGCGGCUAUGCCGGGCUGAGGAACUUGUCCAACACAUGCUAUCUUAAUUCGCUGUUCACACAGCUAUUCAUGAAUGUGGGGUUUCGAAAGUUUAUGCUGGAAGCCAGGGUACAGGACCCCGAGUACACGCAAAAGCUACUUUUCACGACUCAAAAGGUCUUUUCCUAUCUACAGGAUAGUCAUCAGCGGUUUAUCGAUCCAGCAGACUGCGUAGACAGCAUCAGGACCUAUGACGAUACGCCAAUCGACAUUCACAAUCAAAUGGAUGUAGAUGAGUUCUACAAUCUCCUUUUUGACCGUUGGGAGGCUCAGUUGCCCUCGGCCGAGGAUAAAAAGACCCUCAGAUCGUUUUAUGGCGGCCAGCUGGUUCAACAGGUGCGAUCUCAGGAAUGUGAGCACAUAUCGGAGCGGCUGGAGCCUUUUUCCGCCAUUCAGUGCGACAUCAAAGGCAAGAGCAGUCUGCAAGAGAGCCUGGAAGCCUAUGUCGAAGGCGAGAUCAUGGGUGGUGACAACAAGUACAAGUGCUCUACUUGUGAUCGACAUGUGGACGCCGUGAAGAGAGCAUGUCUGAAGGACAUUCCAAACAACCUCAUUUUCCACCUGAAGCGAUUCGAUUUCAACUUGCGGUCUCUGACACGCAACAAGAUCAACGACUUUUUCUCGUUCCCCACACAUAUUGACAUGCGCCCGUACACGGUAGAGCACCUGGCCGAUCCGUCGAAAACAGGCCCGCCCGACAUGUUUGAGCUUGUUGGCGUCUUGGUGCAUUCCGGGACAGCCGAGUCGGGUCACUACUACUCAUACAUUCGCGAGCGACCGACUCCGAGUGGCUCACAGGACAGCUGGGUCGAGUUCAACGAUGAUAUGGUAACGGCAUGGGAUCCUCAGCUCAUUGAAGGUUCUUGCUUCGGUGGAUCCGAGAUUCGCGCCGCCUAUGAUGGUACAAGCCAGCCAUUUGACAAGACUUACAGCGCUUACAUGCUCUUCUAUCAACGCUCGUCUGACCUGGCCCGUGAACAAGAUAUCCUGGCUACACUCAACGAGCCCGGACCUCUUCGCGCCCAAGUUCCUGCUGAUUUGGCUGCGCAUAUUCACCAAGAGAACACAUUGCUGCUGCGGCGACAUUGCUUAUUCGAUCCUGGUCAAAUCAACCUGGUUCAUCACGCUAUGAUUCUGAACUGUAAGAUGCGGUCUAGCGAGGAUAAGUUUCAGUGGACCAAAGCAGACAGUGACACUGUGGAGAUGGCACUUGGUCAUCUGGAUCAGGUCGCUUCUCGCGCGAAGGACCUGCCCGAGUUCAACAGACUUUUGAUGUCCAUAUACAACUGGACUAGGGAAGACAAGAAUGCCUCGUCGGCAGUUCUUAAGUACUUUAGCGACCGGCCAAUUGCAUUUCAAAGGAUGGUUCAGCGAAGUCCUGAUGCGCAGGUGAGGAAAAACAUUGCGCAGGUUAUGAUUUCUGUCAUUGAGAGCGCUCAGGCUCGCUGGCAGCAGUCCUCUGGCGCCACUCCACACCGGCCGAUGGACUUGUUCGAUGACAGCUGCUACCUGCAACAGGCCAUGCGUCUGAUAGACGAGCUGUGGGCUCACUUCCACGUGAACAUACGCUCCUGGGCCGAAGUCUUUGGGUUCAUGCUUUCUUUCGUCCUCUUGGGAAGCUUAGAGAAGGCUGUGUUUCUGGAUCAUGGCCAUCUAUACAAGCUCAUUCUCAUCAUUGCGGCGGACUCGAACGACAGCAACCCACAAUUUGCCCGGAUGGCUCAGGCGGUUUCGCGCAGGAUGGCAACCCGACAACCAAAUUACGAUGCCAUUAUUGGAUUGCUUGCAGAUCUUCUGGCUAGUAUGCAAGGACCCAAGAGUCUCGAUUCGAACGAUGCCAGAAACAUGCAACAGUUGUUAAACACACGACUGUACACGGCAUAUCGGGAUCAGACAUCUCUGCAUGAGAUGACGACAAACGAGUUGGGAUUGAUUGGACGUGACUGGCCUCGAACCGAGAACAAUAUAUUUCUGGACAAGCUACUCUGCCUUGGUCAGAGCCCCCCUGAAGUGGAAGAAAUCAUUGCCGCGCUCGUGCGCAUCAGCUCUUACACACAAUCCAAAGUGUUCGAUACAUUGAUGGCAGGGAUCACCGGGGCCAUGGUUUCCUAUCCGGUCACACCCUUUCUUCGUGCUGCCGUUGUCUGCUGCCGCACGAGUCAGGACAGAGACCGGGUGAAUGACCUCUUUAUGCAAAUAUGCGAACAGUCGAGGAAUCUGCAGAAUAACGAAGGCAGGGCCUUUCUGGAAUUCCACCGAGAUGUAUUUCACGACUUGUUGCUGUCAGAGCGUGAGUCUCAACCUUCGUACCCGGCCGACGGUCUCGAAAAUGUCCACAGAUGGGCACCUGGUCUGUUGAACUACAUCGAACCUCAAGUUGGUGGGGAUGCCAUCGAAUUCCUAAAACAGGAGAUCUUCUGUUUUGGGCCCUCACAUGAAUUCCCGGAGGAGUCCGGCGGUGAAGCUCGUGCAAAAGCAGUCGAUCUUGCCGCACAGAGACUGGGAUGGGAAUGUAUUCGCUUCUUGAAUGACCAGUACAUUAGUCGUCAGCAACCGUGUCAGCACCAGGUCGGAAAGGUGUUUGAAAGUCUAUUCCGAGAAUGCGAUCCCUUCUUUGCGGUCGAGACGGACGGGAGUGGGCCGGCAUUGCAACCGUCGCUGCCACAAAGCCCAGAGAUUUACUGGCCAGCUAGGCGUGAGGUUAUAAGACAACUUCAACAGUUGAUGGUGGAAGAACUCGACGAUGAUGCCUCGGAAUGGGAGAACUCGUGCGAAUCGUCAGAGCCCAUGGAUAGCAUCGGUGACUUUACGAUGCAAACGACUGGGGAGCUUAUAGACGCCGAGCUUCAAUAA